CCCGGGCGCUGCGCAGACUCCGGAGCCUGUCAACAGUGCGAUUGUCCCCUCUAGGUGUCCCUGCCGAGCGGCUCGUCCUCCGGGGCAGGGUAGGGCUCUCUUCCCCGCUAGCUGUGCGGGGGUCAGCAGCCCCCUCUAGCAUGAUCCGGGGAGACCCCCUCUGCAGGCACAGGCUGAGCCAUUUCCUGGCGCUGAGGCUGCCGCGGCCGGACACAAUGGGAGAGGAAGCGGCGGAGUGAAGGGCUGAACCCCACCGUGCAGGGAGGCUCCCCUAAUGACCUGCCAGCGCGACCCAGGAGACGCGCAGCGGCCGAUCCCAGGAGCUGCACCUCUUUGUGGGAACAAAGGAGCCAGAGACAAGAGAAGGAAAUGAACUGUUGAAUCAUUUGGUCCAUUCUCCGGCUGUGGCAGGAUUACUCUGUGACAUGUAAUUUUAAAGAAUGCGGUGCUUCAAGACAGAAGACUGGAAAUGGAUUUCAGUAAGAAUCAUUUGUAAAUGUAAUAGAUAGCUGUGCCUACCUGGGAAACUGGCCCAGCCACUCGUUGCUAUGAAGUGUACCGGAUCUUCUGAGAGUCAGAGAUUUCCGUUCCUACUAGAGAAUGCCCUAACAAGAGAGGCCAGGAAUUGGAAGGUGCCAGUUUUUUGGAAUUUCACACUGAAGGGCACAGAUAUCUCUCCAUCACACUAUGAGAAAGCAGUUCUCUGGAUUGCAGAAUUAAGCUCCCAGUUCCAAUUUUACUCUGAAACGUUUGCCUUGGCUAUCAACAUUCUUAACCGGUUAUUGGCAUCAGUAAAGGCACAAGUAAAAUACCUUCGGUGCAUAGCAAUUACCUGCCUCAUCCUUGCAGCAAAAACCAACGAAGAAGAUGAGGUAAUACCAUCAGUGAAGAAGCUUGCAGUGCAAAGUGGUUGUAAAUGCUCUCCAGCUGAGAUUUUGAGAAUGGAAAGAAUUAUACUAGAUAAGCUUCACUGGGAUCUUUACACAGCGACACCUAUGGAUUUCUUAAACAUUUUCCAUGCCAUGGUGAUGUCCAACUGGCCUCAUCUACUAAAUGGGCUGCCUCAGAUGAAUCCUUCCCGCCAUGUUGCAUUCUUGACCAGACAGCUACAGCACUGUAUGGCAUGCCACCAACUACUGCAGUUUAAGGGCUCCACAUUGGCUUUGGUGAUCAUCACCUUAGAGUUGGAGAGGCUGACUCCUGACUGGUUUCCUGUUAUUACUGAUCUGCUAAAAAAAGCACAGGUUAGUAGCACCAAAUUCAUCCAUUGUAAAGAGCUUGUGGAUCAGCAGCUAAUACAUUUACAACCAUCCAAUGCUGUUUAUAUCUUUAAUCCUGCCAACCAAGCCAUCCAAGCUCAUCCCAAGGAAAAGUUACCCUACUGUUUUUCUGAAUGGAAGAAUUCAAGUCAAAUUAGUUCAAGGGUCAUUGUGAGUCAGCCAGUUCCUGCAACUUUCACACCUACUUCUGUCAAAAUUCAAGAAGACAGCAUGGAGACAGAUGAAUUCUAUGAUGGAUUCAGGCACCUAUACAAUGAGGAGGGUGUCCCAGAAGGUGGAAGGGUCAGCAUCACUGGCUCAUGUAAUAAUCUGAGGCAAGGAGAAAGUAGUUCCCCUUGUCCUCCAUUACAGCCACCUGAAAUUAACUAGAGGAGGCCAUAAUUGUGUAGGAACUAGCAAAUAUAGUUGCCAACAGGUCAGAUGAAUGGAAUGCUAGAUGCUGUCAAAUGAAAGCAUUCCUUGUUUUGGAUAGAGCAAUGCCAAAAACAUUAACUUGCUGCCUUUUAAGUGUGUCCUAAAACAAUGUUUGCUACUUCCCCACCAUUUGUGUGUGAUCUGAGCAUAAAGCUGGGUAAAAACCUCAACAGCUAUGGAUAGCUGAAGUCAUACAACUCAGGGAUCCAAAAUCAGCAGAUGGGCUUCACACUGCACUUGGAGGAACUGAUGGGACCACGUUCCUUGGGCAGCUAUUAUUUAGGUUCUCUCCCAGCAUGCAUUGUGACUUCAGCCCUUCCAGACUAUAUCAUUGUUCUCCUCUACAAGCUGUUUCCAUAAUUUGAACAGCUGUAGGUGAGUUGCCUUAUGGGGAAGGGAGGUCCCAUUGCAUGGACCAUUAGGUCUACUAAUAUAUUCCUAGGUGGGACCAAACUUCUGAUUUAACAGUGAACAAAAAUGUGUCAUGAGAACAGCCUAAGCCUCUGUGUAAGAAAUUCCAGUUUUACUUAAGGGCUGAUCCUGAACUCAAAAGAUGUUCUGAGUGCUUUGGCACCUUUCAGAAUCAAGCUUUUAGGGACUGAUCCAGAGUCCAUUGCAACCAAUGGGAAGACUCCAGUGGGUUUUUCACAGAUUAUGUGGUGCAACUGAAUUUUGUUCAUAUUGUAGCUUGCAAACGGUGUCUUUUUUUUUAACUAACUUUUACAAUUUAUAUAUUUUUUAAAACAUUUGGUUAUUUGCCUUAACUACUAAUUCCCACAGUGAGGCAGCGAAACUGACUUCUGUAGUGUGUAACCGUUUUAAAGCAGCCUGGCAAAUGUUUUAAAGGAUGAGUCCUGAAAGGGUGAUUGUUACUUUUUUAUUUAAAAUGGGGGCCAGCACUUAAGUGAACUUUUUAUUUGUAUACUAAUUUGAAAGUGUAAUCAGACCAAUACUGUAGGGAAAACAGAUUAGGCCUUGAUCUUGCAAGUUGUGGCCCAGUAUGAAAGCUAGUUGCGAGCCUUUGUAUGAGCGCAGGUAAGGCUGAACAUCAGGCAUAACUCAUCAGAGUGAGAGCCCCGGCCCAUUCACUCUCAGUUGCGCGAGGGUAAAAAUUGGGUGGGGCUAUGCAGAGACCUAGAUGUAAGUGCCAUCCUCAUACUACGAGGGUUUAACCAAGCCUCACACAAGCCUUGCAGCAGCAUUCUUCUUAAUGAAGGAUGAGGUUUCCUGGCAAUCCUUGCCCUGCUCAUCUCUUUUUACCUUGUGCUUAUGUGAAGCAUCUCCCACAGCUACGCUGUGCAGGCUUAAAGCUGUUAGUAGCUGAAUGAACAGAUUUAGUUUUAGAAAUGUUCUGUUAAAAUGUUGACUGCGUAAGCACUGUGCUAAGGUCGGCUUUGUGUGUGUGUGCGUGUGCACAUGCGCGGAUGUGUAAGCCAAAUUUCUUUUAAACUGCAAAAAAUAGGGUGCUAAAUGUACCAAAAAAAUGUUAUAGCAAGGUAGCGAAUUAAUGCAAGUGAGAGAUGUGAGUAUGAGUGCAUUUGGACACCCAUUGGAACACAUGAUGGAGUUGUAUGGCAAGGCAAAGGCUACCACAAACUGUGAAUGUUGCGCUUUAUACUAGUUUAAACCACAGCCUUCCUUACAGAUUGAACAGGGUGGUUUGCCAGUGUGUCUGAUUGCAAAGCUGUAGUAAAUAAGUUUUGAAAUGGGAAUGAAAAAACGAUGCACUGUACCAGAAGAGAAAACUGUUUACAAGCCUUUCCAUGCAUCUCGAGGGCUAGUUUAUGGAGGGACUUGGAAUGUUUAUUUAUUAAUCCUGCCUAAGUAGCAUAAGGAAGGUUUUCAUUUUGUGGCAGGACCAAAAAAAAGAAAAAAAAUGAAAAGAAAAAAAAAAGCAGCACCUUCCUUUUCUAUCACAAACUGUGACUUGACUGCCUGACUUUUAAAGAGGCAAGUUAUCUUUUGUAGUUUUCAUUAAAUAAACUGUAAUCUACGUUC